UCAUCAUCUUCAUCUUGAUCAUCAUGAUAGAGGAUAUGCCACCUGGGUUUCGGUUUUACCCAACUGAAGUAGAGUUGAUUUCCUUCUAUCUUCAUCACAAGCUUCGCGGUAACGCAGAGGACUUGAACCAGAUUAUGGACCGGGUUAUACCUGUCGUCAAUAUUUACGAUUUCAAUCCUUGGGAUCUUCCACAAUUUUCAAAAAACCUGUGCCACAAAGAUCCUGAACAAUGGUUCUUCUUCAUUCCAAGAAACGAGAGUGAAAUGCGAGGAGGAAGACCAAAUAGACUGACAACUGAAGGAUACUGGAAAGCAACUGGGUCACCUGGUUUUGUUUACUCUUCAAAUCGCGUAGUUGGGGAAAAAAGAACAAUGGUUUUCUAUAGAGGAAGAGCUCCAACUGGAAGAAAAACUGAGUGGAAAAUGAAUGAAUACAAAGCCAUUGAAGGAGAAGCAUCCACAUCGGUAAGGCAAGAUUUCAGCUUGUGCCGGGUGUACAAGAAAUCAAAAUGCUUGCGGGCCUUUGACCGGCGUCCACCACCACCGCCACCAGGAGCAGUAAUGAUUGGCGAGUCAAGGGCUCAACAAGCUGAAGACCAUCGUGGUGAUAAGGCAACGGCAUCUUAUCAUCAUCAGAUCACUAGUUCUCAAAUAUUAAUGCCUGAGAUAACAAGCUCACUGGAGAGUUCAUCCUCAGGAGACCAUGGCCAUACCUCUCAAAAUGAUGAAAGUAACAUCAUGGCUGUGGGUUCUGAUUGUGAUCAGCUGUUGUGGGAUUUGGAUCAAUUGGAUUGGUUCUGUGGCACAAGAUAGAAUAAAUUAAUUUAAUGGAGGUGGAGCUGCUACUACAUGAAAGAACAAAAUCUAAUAAGAACAAACUUGUUAGAGAAUGUGCAUGUAUCUUUGGGAAAAGUCAAAAUGUGCUUGUCUAGACCCCAGGUAGUAUUUUUAUUUGUUGUAAAAUAAUUUAAUUAUUAGGGUACCAUGCUUAUCUAAUGUUUCUAUGUUUAUUUGUACAUCUUUAACAUUUCCAGAUAUUAUGCUCACGCUUUCA